AAUGCCGUGUUAUGAAGUCCUCUUAUUCCCGAUCAUCUGGCAUGAGGCAUACUGGGUCCAAAAGUCCAGGACCUUCGCAUCGAAGCAAAUCACCUGCCUCAGUAAAGAGGGGUGGCCACUACUCCAGUGCUUAUUCUUCAGCAAAAUCCCCAGUUAAUGGAACCCCAAGCAGUCAAUUAUCCACCCCAAAAUCUACGAAGUCCUCCAGUUCUUCACCAACAAGCCCAGGCAGCUUUCGUGGACUCAAGAUCCCUCCACAUAGUGGAUCUUCUUCCAAUGUGAAUGGUGUACCAGAAUCACUCCAUUGCCAGAGUCCCGAAGGUGUGAAUGGAAGCAAGUGCUCAGGGUCAUCUACCAUUCUUGAGAAGUAUAAAGUGGGGAAGGUGAUUGGUGAUGGCAAUUUUGCUGUUGUAAAGGAGUGCGUAGAACGAUCCACAGGAAAGGAGUUUGCACUGAAGAUCAUAGACAAGGCUAAAUGCUGUGGAAAGGAACACCUGAUUGAAAAUGAAGUGUCUAUUCUGCGUCGAGUGAAGCAUCCAAAUAUCAUCAUGCUUAUAGAGGAGAUGGACACUCCAACAGAACUCUAUCUGGUGAUGGAACUAGUCAAGGGGGGAGAUCUAUUCGAUGCUAUCACUUCUUCUACAAAAUAUACAGAGCGAGAUGGGAGUGCAAUGGUCUAUAAUCUAGCCAGUGCACUGAAAUACCUUCAUGGUCUCAACAUUGUGCACAGAGACAUCAAGCCAGAAAAUCUCCUGGUAUGUGAAUAUCCAGAUGGAACCAAGUCUUUGAAGCUAGGAGACUUUGGACUGGCGACUGUGGUUGAAGGACCUUUAUAUACUGUCUGUGGUACACCCACAUAUGUGGCUCCAGAAAUUAUUGCAGAGACAGGAUAUGGCUUAAAGGUGGAUAUUUGGGCUGCAGGUGUGAUCACAUACAUACUGUUAUGUGGAUUUCCACCUUUUCGCAGUGAAAACAACCUUCAGGAAGACCUCUUUGAUCAGAUACUUGUUGGGAAGCUGGAAUUUCCUUCUCCCUACUGGGAUAACAUCACUGAUUCAGCAAAGGUACUGAUACGUUUUCCAACCUGA